AUGAACCGAAUAAAAAAAUUGAGAAACCAAGGUAUCAGUGUUUUCAACCAAYUGAAAAAUGUUGGUCAAGGAACAGCCUUGAAUGUAGGCAAAGGAGCAGUAGGCCAGUCUCAAAGCUUGGCUCUACAGUUGCAAGGAAUGGGAAAACGUGUUUUGAAUCAGGGCCAGUCAUCCUUGAAAAAUGUGCAAGGAGCUGGAAUGGGUGCUUUUAAACAGGUUAAAGGCCUUAGCGAACAACUUCAAAGAAUGGGACAGGGGGGUCUUAAGAAAGGAUAUGGCAUGGCAAAGCGCUUGAGAGGAAUGGGGCAGGGAGCAAUGGGACAAGGCAUGAGUAUGGCAAAUGGCUUUAAAGGAUUGUUCACGAAGGAAAGAGCACAAGAUCUUCGAAAAUUUGGAAUCAGUACUAUAAACCAAGGAUUGGGUGUACCCGGAGGUAUCCAAGGAUUGACAGCAGAUAUCCAGAGAAUGAAAGAACAGAUUAAAAAGCUUAGUCGUGGCAAUCUUAAUCUUCACCAUGGAGGUCUGCAAGGCGUGGCCGCUGGUCUCCAAGGUGCGCUAAACCAAGGAAUGGGAUUUGGUGGUGUUUUGCCCGGCAUGGUCGGAGGACAACAACAGGGGAUGGUGGGUAGCUUUCGGGGACUGGGGAGUGGAUUACAAGGAAUGGGUCAUGGUGGUACUCCGAAGAAAAGAAGGGAUGCAACAGGAGUUCACCAAGGAAUGGGUGGCUCUUUUAACCAAGCAAUUGGCAAACCAAGAGGUCGAAAACUUAUGGGUAGAAGGAAUAGACGCAAGAAACGCUUCAUUUAA